CAGAGAGAGAGAAACCAAUACCCUUUCCUCCUGGCUCAUGUCUCACUCCGCAAUUAGCAGGCAGCUCAGCCUUGUUUACCACUUACAAGCACGAAAGGGUUAAGGAGAACCUUGCACAAACUUUGCUGCGAGCUGAGCUCGCAGCCUCCCUCCCUUCCCUCCUCGCCUGCUGCCGAGAUGCAGCAGCGCCGGAGCUCUUCCGAUCCUCUCUGCUCUGACUGUUGCCUACCGCUGCCGAGGGAGGGGACUGGCUGCCGCACGCCGUUUCCAUCCAAGCGGUGAAGCCUAUGAAGAGAAGUCUCCUUGCCCCUUCUACUGCCUGCGAAGGAAGGGCAUCAGCACGGGUGCUGUUGGGUCAGUCAGUUGCCAUCUCAAGACCUGGAGUAAGAGCCAUCCCUGCCAGCAAACCAUGUGAAUUCAAGAGCAGAGAAGAAAGUGCAUUUGGCAUGCCUGUUGCUAAAAAGACAGUAUCGUGACUCCAGCAGUAAGACAACAAACCUUUCCUGCACAAAUCCCACUACUUGGGAGGAGAUGUUCCUAGAUAAAUCACCAGCAAGCUCAUGGUCUGAAACAGCUGCUCUAGUGCCUAGUCCCAACACCCCUGCCUGCUCUGAAAGAAUGACAACUUGUUGACUAUCCCUAAUGAGAAGCUCAAAACUACGUAUUUUAAGCAAGCGUCAGUAACCCUGGAUUAGGAGAGAAAAGAUCCCCAGCAGAUUGCAACCUUCCUCAGCUCAUACAGGGAUAAACCACCCGCUGUGGGAGAAGCUGCAGAAAGCUCACUCUGGAGAUGACCUAAUGAAAGAAGGACCCGAGCAUUUUCAGGACAAAAGAGAAGCCUGGUGGCAGUUUAAAACACAAGUUUUGUGCUUGUUAUCAUUAUAAGAGCAACUGAAAAAUGAUUUCCAAAGACCUGUCUGAUGCAAUCUGCUUAACUCUGUGAAACAGAGUCGUGAGACCAACAAGAUGGAGCACUCCUUGCUGAAUUCUACUAAGAAGACGUCCUGCCAUCUGUUCUAAGUCUCCUCUCUUGACCUGCUUUGAGUCUGGUGAGGUAAGACAUGAAAUUUGACAUUAAAUAGGGAAAAUGGACCAAAGUUGACAGGGAGCAAUGACUGAGAUUUAUUUCAAAUUCCGUGGAAACCUGACUGGCCGUGUCCACUUUCCAACUCUGGCUACAGAAGUAGACACAACAGCAGAUAAAUAUUCCAGCCUGUACAUUUACGUGGGAUUGUUCUUAACACUUCUGGCUAUCCUUCUCAUUUUGCUUUUCACCAUGCUUUUGCGCCUGAAGCAUGUUGUUUCUCCAAUCAUCACAUCUCCAGAGAGCACUGAGAAUGCCCAGCAGUUCACAGAUGUGGAAAUGCGCAGCAGGAUUCCCACCACUUAGAGACCCCAGUGCAAAGAAGGCUCUGUGUUUGUGAAACAUAUUUCGUUCAGCAGAACUGUGGUGGAAAGAAUCUCUGCAUGCCUGUUGAGCCCUACAGCUUAUUGCACAACCAUCAACAGCAGCACAGAGCAUCUGGUGAGUGUCAUGCAACUCGGACUGACUGGCUGGGACACGCUGGCUGAUGACACUACAGGCAACAUGUGUGCAACACCCUCAAUAAAAUUUACAUUAUGGAAACCUACUGGUGUCAACAGACUCAUAUCCCUCUAAAGGUCCUUGCAGAAAAUGAUAAAAGUCACAGGACUGACAGCAAAAAAUAAAAAUACAAAUAGAAAACAGAGAGAUUCACACCAGAAUGUGUGCAGGACCCUGUAUUUGCUGACCUAUCUCUCUGCCCUUAAAUUCCUUGGCUGUGAAAAGAGAUGACUCAACAAAGUUAAGUGAUGUAAGUGCAAAAAGCCUAUUGAAGAGCACAUAAAGACAUAUCAGUAGUUCAGAAAUUCUCAGACAUUUCUCCCAUUCAAGUAGGAAAACCUUAAACUGCUUAACUGCUUUUUUUUUUUUUUUUUCACCUGAAUGGCAGAUUUGCACAAUGGAGUUUCACGUGCUGGAACUAUUGGUUUCUGACAUUAAAAGAACAUACAUUGAGCAGUUGCAUUCCAGAUAUCAGAAAGAGAUGUCACUUUUGAAAGAAGGAAGAAAAUAAAAUAAACUUUACCAAAGGCAUAAAAUAAAAAGAAAGCAUCAGAUGGAAAUGAGCAGCAGGAGGGAAAAAAUAUUAAAAGACACUCUACCUCUCUUUCCUUGCUCUUCUUUAUAUUCACUGAGCUGACUACAGACACAUUCGUAUCUUUCAGCCUUCCCAGUAUCACGCAGUAAUUAAAAUGCAGUGUGAAGUUUGUGAAUCAAAUGGGCAUUGUUCUCCUAACAGACAUAAAUUCAGAAUAACAUUUCCUCUCAUAUUCAUGUUGGGUUUUCUCUCUCAGAACACAUAUCAGUUCUUCCAAAGCUCUUUUUUUAGUUGUUUUUCUCUAAAGAAAGCUGAAGAAAUGCCAGGACCUGGCACUGCAAUAAUGAACAGUGUGAACAGCUUUGGACAUAGUCUAGUAGGGAACAUGCAGAUGGAAAGCAAACUGAGCACUGAAAGACAGGGCUGGAUUCAGAUAUCCUGGUGGUUCGUUUGGAACAGUGAGGAAAAAAACAAUUACUUAAAUUUAUAAAACAACAGUCUGACCCAAUGCUCUCACCUAUGAAAGACGUACAGAGAUAGACUUAAUUUCUGUGGAUAGGAAAGAUGGAAUCAAAGAUGGCAUAUCACUUCUGGAAGAGCCACUACCUCUUACAGAAAAACUUCAAAUUGGAUUAUUUCUGCUAUAUCUCUGGUACUUUCCACAUUUCAAUAUGCUUAUUUGCCAAUUCCCUUCUCUCCAAAGGGGCCUGGGAAAUGUACAGUCCCCCCCCCCCCAAAAAAAAAAAAAGUGCUAAAAUUAGAGAUGACACAGGAACUCCAUGGACUUGUGAAAGUAACAAGAACUUGUUUUUCAGAUGCUUUGCAUACACCUGGUUCUUUGCUUACCUUUAAAAGUCUGUGUCUGGGGGAGCUGUUUGGACUAGAAACACGGCUUCUUUAGCUGGUUCUGUGGUGAGAACAGAACGGCAAGUAAUGUCCAUACUGCAUAUGGUUGGUCCAUGGGGAGGAGGACUAGUUUUUUUCUCAUUGAUGUAUUUAGUAUGAAGAUAUUUUUAAACUGCUUCCUCAUAUUGAAUAGCAGCAUUAACCCCCAGGUAAGGUUUAAUCUGUGGAAUAGCAUGUUGACUGUACAAGGGAAAUACAGCAUGGUUGUGGCUUCACAACAGUCCUGGUGGCUUCGCGCUACUCUCAGCACUGUACGAGAGCCCAAAUUCUGUGUGAUGACGAUUUGAAUAUUAAUCCAGCUAAGACAGAUGGCUACUAAGUUAGUCAAUGACAUUUAAGUGUAACAAAAGCAUAUGCAGAUCAUAUGGCCUGGUAUGUAUCAUGCAUUCAGCCAUCAGGGUGCAGACUAGCUCAGGCUCAACAUCUGGCUUGCCUUGUACAACCUCUCAAUUUUCUUGAUGCACAAUUUGAAAGCUAUAGCUUACUUGAAUCAUAAAUUAACUAUCAUAUCAAAUCAGCAUCUAAAACACAUUAACCUUUUAGCACAACUGCAGCUAUUUCCAAGAAGCUGCAGGACAGAUUCAAUAUUAACAAAAAAUAUCAGGCCCACUAAGGGAAAAUGACAGUAUCAGAAUCUGAGCUGGGAUACACAUUCUGAUUUCUCUGGUCUCGGCUGAAAAGCCCCUAAAAGUAGGUGUCAGGACUGGGUUUUUGCCUUCUGUUAAUUCAGAAGACACCUGUAACUGCUUAAAACUCAUUCAAUAAAUGUAUUGUAAAUAAAAUAGCAAUCAUUUUUAUAUAUCAUUACAUUGUACCACAUCAUAUAUUAAGCAAACUGUAUUUCUAUACUACUAAAGAAAGCAGUCCUACCUUCUAAGACAAAAAUGGCAGGUUUUUCUUCAUAAAGCUCUGUUUCAAAGUAACAGUCCAACUUGAUACACCUGCAGUCCCAGAGUGCAUCAUUUGUCUGCACAAUGCUAGCAAAUUUUAAAGCCUGCAUCUCCCAUUUAGAAACAGAAGUGUGCCUUUCCCCCCUUUUCAUUCUCAUUCGUAUAGUUGAAGACAUGGUGCCUUUGAGAAAAGAGUUGGGGUGUUUUACUCUGUAUUUGCUGAGUGGGCUUUAGUGGGCUUUGGCUUUCUUUGGCUACAAAGAAUGGUAACUGUAACUUCUGCAUGGAUUUUUCUGGGUGUGUAGAUGUGACAUCUAUACCAUUCCCCUCCACUGGUUUGUUUCCUUCCCACUUACCCAUCUGCUAGAGACAGUCAAUUGUUUUUUUUUUCAUUAUUUUAUUUUUACAAAAAUAAGUUGUACUACAGCCGGUGGUGAGUCAUUGACUGCUCUGUACUAUUCCCAGAAUGCACUCAAUGUGUGGAUCUGAGAGACAAACUUAUGUGCAGAAAUUGGCUCAGGUGGUGCCAUGGAUUUCAGAUUAAUUGUUGGCCUCAGGGGGCAUCUCUGUAAGAAGACCCCUUUCAGUGUUUGUACGUAUUACUUGAACAAAGACAGUUUGCUCCCAUCUUUGCUACAAUUUAGACAUAGGAAACAAAUAUGACUAUUUAGUAAAUUCAUCACCUCCUCCAUCCUGCACCUGUGGGGGAAGACAGCCACCUGUUGUUCUGAAGGAGCAGCAAAUAUGCAUUCCUGUUCCUUGGGGGUGGGACUGUGAGGUCGGAGUAAACCUACAAGCACCAGAAAACUACCACUGCUCCCAAAUCUCCCAGGGCAUUUCGUCCAGGAGGUAUCAGGACUUGUCCCACACUUUUUGACUAUGGUGUACAGACCAUAUAUAUGCCACAGGAUUUAUGCUCAGGUAAUCCCAUCCACAUGGCUUCUAUCCAUGUUCAUGAUUAUCCUGCAUUAACAAACCCUUGAAUAUUGAGCAGACAGGGAUGGUAUUUAGAAUAUAUUCAUUUUCUGUCAGAAUUUAUAAACAUAAACAUAUAUUAUCAUGUCCUCACAGGGCUGCAGAGAAUAAUGUAAUUUUGCUAACAGCAUAACUCAGCAGAGUUAUGACCUUUGGGCCCCCCAAAGGACAUUUUUUUGCUUUUACUUGAAAUAAGAUUUAAAAAAGUAUCGAAACCCAAAAUUGAUGUGAAGUUACACAUCCAUUUAACUGUCAGCAAUGAUGAAAACUUACUUGUAUGUCUUGUCUACACCAGAAAAAUUACUGAAGUUCAUUCUGUGAGCACAGAUGUAAGAACAAAGCCUGAAAAAAAAAUGAAAAAAAAAAAAAAAAAAAAAGAUAAAUUGGUUCCUUGCACACUUGAUCUCUAAAAUUAUCCAUAUGCAAAUUUCCCCUCAGUCCCUUGAUAGCAGAGAAUGGGGGACAGUUGAUGCUAUGUGUGAAAAAUAAUCCUGUACUGAUUUUGAAUUUUGAAAGCAGAAAUAAGUUGUCUAGACAUAGGCAAUGCUAAGUUGUGAAAGCAGAUCUUGAUGUAACAGGGAGAGGUCUGUCCAAUUCAUGUGUAAUUAAUAAAUUACACUCUCUACUCUC